CGAAGCUAAAAAAGUUCCUUGCUUCUGUCUUCACUGCAGAGGAUGCGGAGGAAAUCCAGACACGCCAGCCCUUCUUUUGAGGAUGAAGAGGACGAGGACGAUCCCAUCUACGUGCAUGGUGACGAAGGCUACAGCCCCAACCUCAGGGGCAACUACUUCCGAGAUGGGCAAACCAAGAUCGACUUCGUGCUGGUGUGGGAGGAGAAGGUGCGGCCCCCGAAGAAGAGGAGGGGGACGCUGGCGGCUCACGAGGCCAGAGGCGACCGGCCACGCGGGCACCACGAGCACUGGAGGAGGAAGUUCCUCAACAACCUGAGAAAUGCCGGGCUGCUGAUGGAGAAGGAGGAGAUGCUGAGCGAGCGGAAAACCAUCCACUACCUGAAGCUGAGCGCCCCGUGGGACGUGCUGGUGUUCUACGCCGAGGAGCUGUGCCUGCGAGCGCCCCUGCAGGCCCAGCCCAACCCGGACUGGAACAGCUCCGCCGAGGUCCUGAGGAGACUCUGCAUCCCCAACGCCCUGCACCAGCACGUCCCCAACAAGCCCGCGGACUAUUACACCUGCGCCUUCCGCAGGUCCAAGCUGGACAAGUUCCUGGGCAGCGACUCCCGGGACUCCUACUUCAGCAACACGCAGAGACAUCGCAUCGUCUAUGAGAUCCUGGCUCGCACCAUCUACGGGAAGCGGAAACGUGCCGAGAUCGGGAUCAACCGGCUGCUGAACGAGCGGGUGUACGGCGCUGCCUUCCCGCUGCACGAGGGCCCCUUCGAGACGCCUGAGUCUGAGGUCCCCGAUGAAGCCCUGAACCCUCGCCAAGUCCUCUACCGCUUCUGGGCCCAGUGGGGCUGCUGGUACCGGUACCAGCCGAUGGAUCACAUCCGCCAGUACUUCGGGGAGAAGAUUGCCAUCUACUUCGCCUGGCUGGGCUUCUACACGGCCUGGCUGCUCCCUGCUGCGGCCGUGGGCACCGUGGUCUUCCUCGCAGGCCUGGUUGCCAUGGGAACCAACACGCCCGCUACUCCAGGAAGGUCACGGCCCAGAAGGACAUGAAGACGCUGAAGAAAACCGUCCCGGGGUGAUCAAACAGGUACCCGACCUGCAGGGGCACAGAACAGAGGGGCCACACGGCCUCUUCACCAGACGCAGAAGCCCGUUCCCCCUGCACAUGCAUUGCCAUCUUCACCG